UAGAAACAUGACCAACGACUUCAUGCAAAUGACACACUGAAACAAUUUGUUUAGAUUUGAUCUUAUCUGAUUGCAAGCUUCGUAACAUAUGUUAUCUCUUCACUGCUACAAUCGGAGUGAAACAUAACCACUCUUGUGUCUAUUGUGAUCAUUCAACAAGUGCAAGUGCUCGUUACUCUUCAGGACGGAAGGAGGAAAUGUUUCAUUCCAAUAUGGCGGCGACAAAAGUUUUCGUCACAGACAAAUAUUGAGCAACAAAUGAUCACCUGCGGGCGAUAGGAUAACGCCCGGGACAAUUUCUUACAGCCAUUACAUGUUUGAAAGACUCUUCCAGCAAAAUGACAACAAAUUACGAAAGUUCCUUGAAAACCUAUCUGGCUAAGUACAAGCACCCAGAUGCCACCAAGAGGGAGGUGACCAAUGUCCUUGGGCAAUACCGUGACCUCCGACCCAGCCAUGACAACUUUGUGUUCAACGAUGGCACUCAGAGACAGCUGCUCAACUUGGAGGGAACGAUUCCAGUGUCAUAUAAAGGAAACACGUACAACAUCCCAUUGUGUAUCUGGAUCAUGGACACCCACCCCUACAACCCACCCAUGGCGUAUGUCCGCCCUACCAGCGCCAUGCAGAUCAAACCCAACAGAUACGUGGAUGCCAAUGGCAAGGUGGAUCUACCCUACCUCAGGGAGUGGAAAUAUACGGGAUCUGAUCUGCUGAGUCUCAUCCAGAUUCUUAUCUUCACGUUCGGAGAGGAGUGUCCAGUGUUUUCACGACAUGCCCCAUCACAACCUCCACCAUAUCCCAUGGGUCAGGGUGGGGAGGACCUAUCGAACAUGCCAAUGCCUGGUGCAGCUCAUGGAGGGAGCAAUCCCCCCUACCCCAACUACGGAGGUGCGCAACCCGGCUACCCAAGUACCGGCUACCCCCCAUAUCCUCCAGCAGGGGGUGGAGGAUACCCCCCUCAGGGUGGGCAGAACUACGGGGGGUUCCAGGGCUACCCCAACCAAGGACAGGGUUAUAUGGGUGGGAGUCAAGGCCAGUAUCCCCCCUUCUCAUAUGGCAGCAGUUCCAACCCUCCCUACCCUGCCACAACAGCAGGGUACCCAGCAACAUCUGCAGCGACAAAUCUAGCACAGCUAGGUACCGGGACUGCACCCUCGGAGGCUCACAUCCGGGCGGAGAUGGAGGUGCUGAAGAAGACACAGUCAGACCUGAUGACUGGCAAGGAGAGGCUGGAGAAGAUGGUGCGAGACCUUGAGACAGAGAAGGAAGAGAUUGAUCAGAAUGUCCAGCUCCUGAACCAGAAGGAUGGUGAGGUGAAGGAAGCUCUGCGCAAACUGGAGUCCAAUGAUCAACUAGACAUAGACGAUGCUGUUGUCACGACAACACCACUAUACAGACAAUUAUUGAAUGCCUUUGCUGAGGAGCAAGCUAUAGAGGACACAGUGUACUAUCUGGGAGAGGCGCUGCGCAAGAAUGUAGUUGAUUUAGAAGUCUUUCUUAAGCAAGUCCGAGAGUUGUCAAGAAAACAGUUCCUACUACGAGCAUUGAUUCAGAAAUGUAGAGAAAAGGCUGGAUUACCUCCCUUGGCUUAACCUGAUCCUCUCCAUAACUGUGGUCCAUUAUGCUUAUUCACCUAAUGAAAAGAAGUGGUUAUCGAUAUCUAUAGUGAUACACUGUCAUUAUGACACAGCGAGUAUCAGUCUGUUUGAUCUGCGAGUCACAGGAUAACCUCCUCAUCACAAUUAGUCUCAAGAUUACCAAACUGAAGUAUUACCGAUCUGUGGUAUGUUUAUUAUCAUAAAAAUAUUUUAUGAUGUUAAUAAUUGGGAAAAAAUAUGUCAUUGUUGUUUUCUGAAAAUCUGAAUAAAAUCUCCAUUCUUGCAUAUACAAAUGUAUAUGCAAUAUUGACAGUUCGGACAAGCCAAUGUCCAUACUGAUCAGGUGAAACAGUCUCUCCAAGAAGAUGACGAUGAAAGGGUUGUUAAGUAUAUAACUAAUGUACAGAUGGUUGUAAAUAAAGUUUCAUUGGGAGUUAUGUACUGUACUUCUAUUUUUCACUACUGUAAACGGGCGGUUGAGUAGCCUAAUGGUUAAAGCGUUCGCUUGUCGCACCGAAGACCUGAGUUCGAUUCCCCACAUGGAUACAAUGUGUUAAGCCCAUUUCUGGUGUCCCCUGCCGUUAUAUUGCUGGAAUAUUGCUAGAAGCGGCGUAAAACUAAACUCACUCACUCACUCACUACUGUAAAAGGCGACUAACAUGAGAGGUGACACACUUGGUCGAUGCUUGUCAUUGUAUCAGAGUUGUGUUGAUCGAUGGUCAUGUCAGUCACUGGAUUGUCUGGUCCAGACUUUGAUAUUUACAUACUGCUGUCUUGUAGCUGGAAUAUUGCUGAGUGCGGCAUUAAACAACAAACAAAUCCUAGCUAUAGUGAAUCACCCCAUAAGUUGGGGUAUCAUUCCCAGUAAAAUCAUCAAGGUUUAACCAGUUUCCAGAUUAACGGGUUCUUACUCCUUGCGUAAAGUUAUGCAAAAAGGUUAUGUUUUUAUUCCUUGUGGGGCAGUGGGGUAGCCUAGUGGUUAAGCAUUUGCUCGUCACUCCGAAGGCCCAGGUUCAAUUCCCCACGUGGGUACAAUGUGUGAACCCAUUUCUGGUGUCCCUUGCUGUGAUAUUGCUGGAAUAUUGCUAAAAGCUCACUCACUCCUGUAUAAAGAGAGGAACUAACAUGGUUCACUGUCAGUUGAAGGACAAAAGUGAAUGAAUUGUUUUCAAGACUGAUUUCAAUAAUGAUAAAGGUGUUUUGAAAAUUCUGAUGAUUUCUUUGUAAUCAUUGUACAGCUUGUAAAUAUUACCAUAUAUUUAGAUGUUUGUCAGGUCCAUUGUUAUCACAUGCCAAACAUGAGUAAGAAGCUAUGCUUUAAGCACCAUGAUCUGUUACAUAUACAUGUACCUAUAAGCAACUUUUUUUAUUUAUUGUGUUUUAGAUCUAUAAUGAGAUAUGAUUUCCAAGCUUUGUUCAUGUAUAUUUACCAUAUAUAAUUUUGUAUUUUGUCACCUGCUGUAAAAAUCUGUCAAUUAAAUGGAGGUAUAGUUCACUUAUAUAUUCCCAGAAAAACUUUUGUAUACACUCAUCAGAUUGCUGUUGACUCACCACGAUUGUCAUGUGAUGCAGUAGAUCAGUAUCCUAGCUCAGUGGGACAUGUGCUUGUCAGUGCAGUUGGCCUCUGUUUGCUUCUCAUUGUGGCAAUGUGACACCCAUUUGUCUCUGGCUGCCAUGUAAUGGCUUACAGCAGGUUUUGUUUGCUGUGGCUGUUGUAGUAGCUGGAAUCAACGCUGUUGCUGUGACUGAUGUGGUCAACGUUGCUGCAGUAGUUAAUGAAACUGUUGUUGCUGUGAAUGCUGCGAAUGCUGCAGCUGACAUGACUGGACAGGUUCUGAAACUACAGUAGUUACAACUGUAGCCAUUGCUGUAAGCAGCCUUAGUCCAGAGGAGUAGUGGAGACCUGAUUAGACUAUUCUCCAGGGCCUAGAUUUUUUAAGUUUUCUUAGCACUAAGAUAGUCGUAUGUUAAUGUAUGACACUUACGACUAUCUUAGCGUUUAGAGAAAUUCGUAAAUUUAGGCCCAGGGUUUUAAGCUAGUCUUGGUUGAAUUGUUUACUAAGCCUACAUUUUCUUUCAGUUUUAUUCUGAUAUGUUUUUCAUUAGUAGCAAAAUUUAAGCAUUUUUACAUGAUCUCGAUUUGUAUCCCACAAGUAAUACUAGUCAGCAAGGAAUUCUAUGCUUUAGUUGUUUCGGACUGAAAUGGUUUUCAGAGGAAAAUGUGACCUCGUGGUCAUGGCAAAAUUCAGAGUUUAAUUCCCCACAAAUAUCACAUUGGUCCACCUUGAUACUGGGAAAUAUUGCUGAUGGUGGUGUAAACCAUGCUGUAGUUGUUGCAGUCACUGUGAGGACUGCAGGUGCUCAAUCAUCUCAUGUCAUAAUAAGAAUAAGGAGUUUUAUCUAACCUGGUAUUUUUUUAGAAAUUAUAUGCUUCACAUCUUAUUUUGCAUGUUGCAAAAAUGAUUGAUUCAGAUUUUGAUUGUAAACAAAACACAAUGUUUGAGACUGAGAAGCCCCAGUAUUGAGAGGCAGUGUUGUAGUCCGUUGCCCAGUAGGAUGAAUUUCCAAAGUAAUAAUGUUUGUCCACUCUAAUUAGCAGCAUGAACACCCAUUCAAACGAUCAUGCGUGAGUACCAAGCUCCAGUACAGCAUAUGACGCUUUUGCUGCCCUCUCAGUAUAGAGCUCAGGAACAAGAUAUUGCUGUGAGGAGCUUGACAUUGUUACUCCUGAAGGGAGUCUACUCCAUUUCUCUGUCUUGGUCUCAUUCCUUUAGCUACUUUACAACACUCACUCACUCAACAAAUCUGAGUAGGUGUCGGUGUCAUGAGACAUGUCUAUAAACAUGUCUAGUGUCAUGAUGUGUCCCAAUGUGUUUUGUAUGUAUUAGGAGUUUUUAAUUAUUUUUUAAUAAAAUGUAUCUUAAUAAUUUGAUCUCCGUUUGAAACCAUGUUUUUGUCACCAUGUGAUAUGACAACUAUAUCUGUGUAUUGUUGUAGGUUUAUUCUAGGCUCUUUCCAAUAAGGUGUUUGUAACUAUGAGGCUUUGCCCUGCCUGUAUAUACAAAUAGUAUUGCUUUUCAGCACAGCUUGGUGAGGUGUAAGGCAAUUAUAGCCUGAGUCGUGCCUGCCUGAAGAGUAUUUUGUAUCAACCCCUGUCCCCUCUGCAGGGGAUGGGAUAGCAUUGUAGUGGAAGCAUUUCCUUCAGGUGAAGUUGGAGAUUGCCCAGAAUCCCUUGUGACUCAGUUGAUAUUGCUGGAAAAGCGCAGGGAUGGCAAUUUUCCGUGGAUCCGCUGAUUUCCGCCGAUUUUAUUUCAAAUUGAGCAUUCUGAACCCGCCAUUCGAUGACACAAUAUUAUGUUUUCAGCUGAAAAUAGAUUUUCCUGUUGCCAUCCCUGAAAGCAGUUAUUUAACAUAAAUCUGUAACUAUAUGGAAUAAUGCCUUGGGUCACGAUUGUAGGGCUUUGACUGUCAUAAUUCAUUGGUAUGGGAAUUAUGAUCAUCUUAGAACUGAUAUCACUUUGUUGAACACUCUCCGGGACCUUUUCCAGCAGGUUCGGUUGGCAUCAUAACCAGUUGCCAUUGUCCCCCACAGAAGGUGAUACAGUAUCCUGGUUCUGUGGAUUGUUCAAGACAGUGGAACAAUGGAGGUUUCUGUAAGCUGGGUAGUUGGGAUAUAUCCUACACUAUUGCAGUGGAGUUAUAUCAGUUUUAUGUGCGCCUUCUGAUGACUACUAUACUGUUUAAGAUUUUGUUACUAUUACACUUGAUUAUUCUUGUACAUGUUUAUGUAUGACUGUACACUCCAGCACUGUGCGAGAGCCCUUCUCCCAAUGCUUCUGUGCAUGUGUUGUACAAAGGGAUGGCACUAUGAGUGAAUUGGCUGAAUAAACAAUUGAACUCGUU